AUGAAUUGUCUAUGGCAUUCUGUCACUACUGCCCUUGAAAGCGCCCUACCUUCGGGGAGAUGCGUCUAUCCUUUCCAACCCAACUUUGAUGAUGUACACCUGGCCACGUACGCAUCAGCUCUUGAUGCAGAGCUACGCCCCAAGUUCCAUGUCCUACCUCAAACCAGAGACGAAGUCACUAUUUUCAUCAAAACUAUCCGGAAUUACGUCAUCAAAAAUAACGUCAAAUUCGCUGUUGUCUCUGGAGGAUGCCUAACAGCUCGUGGUUGCUCCAGUAUCGAGCAAGGAAUUGUCCUUAACUUGUCGCAACUGAAAGGCAUUAGGAUUCUGUCCGAAGACAUAGUAGAAAUAUUUGUUGGAGAGAAAUGGGGAGAUGUAUACGCUCUACUGAAAUCAAUCGGGAAGAUGUGUGUAGGGGCUGACGACGCCGGGAUGGGUAUCGGCAAUGGGAUGUCGCUGGACCGCGGAUUAUCGUUCAUAUCCCCUGGUGAAGGUGUGAUGUGCAACAACGUAAAAUCUUGUGAUGUGGUCUUGGCGAGUGGCGAAGUGAUCCAUACAUCAGAUAACGCAACUCCAGCCCUAUUUCAAGCAUUGCGAGGCACUGGUAAUAAUGUGGGCAUUGUCACAUCCAUACGUGUCAGGAUGUUCGACCAUAGCCAGCGAAUAUACGGUAGGACCGUGAAAUAUGAUUACCUGGGGUUCGUUGCUCAGAUUCCCAUGCUUGUUUCCGCAAUGCAGAGCCCGGACGGACUCAAAGGAGCAGAUGUUUCUAUGCGCUUUGUAGUUUCUCGUACAUCUGGUCUAUUCGGCAUCAAUUAUCUGAAGUACGAUAGACAGACGGAAGAAAAAACUCCUCCUCAGGUGCUCGAGCCCUUUAUACCGAUUAGUAGCGAGUGUAAAUUAGGGCCCGCGGAUCUUUCUGACCUCAUCAAAGGGCCAAAUCGCACGCCAGGGAAAAGGUUAGCCCAUAUGCAUACGUGUGUGAGACCAGACAAUACAAUUCUUGUUGAAGGGGUGGAUACCUUCAUUAUCAGAACAAUGGAUCUGGCGUGGUGCGAGGGACACAUCUUCUCAUAUUGCCUGUACCCUUACUACCCAAGUCAUUUGCGAAAUAUCAAUACACGCCGGGACCAAUUUUCCAUGGGCACAGAGCCAUUCAUCAUGAUAGUGUUCCGAUUGGAGUGGGAAAAUCGGGACGACGACAACAACAUUCUAGCUGAAUUUCAGGAUGUUCUAGAGCAUAUUGAACAUUAUGCCAACUGUAGGGACGUCGCUGUGCGGUUUAAAAAUAUGAGCUAUUCGGCUCAUUUUCAGAAUCCCAUUGCAUCAUACAGCAAGUACAAAAGGGAUUGUAUGAAAUGGUCGUGCUCGUUUCGCGAUCCCGACGAUAUCUUUCAUUGGGGAGUUCCCGGUCCUUGGAAGCUAUGAUUGAUUGAUUGAUUGAUCGAUGGUGUUUAACGUCGUAAGAGGCUACUCUGCGUUGCAGUUGGUCCGGGCCUCCGCAAGGGCACUGAGACGUGGCGAGUCCUU